GCCAAGGAGGACUAUUGUGUUCACACGGUUCGAACUUCACAAACUUGGUUUGUGCUUCUCACUCUGAUAGAAAUGACCAUCAAACACUUUCAGAUUGAAUACGAUGCCAUCAACAGAAGGAACAUUUUUACCAACGGAGAUACCAUAAAUGGACGGAUCACCCUCGAAGCUGUGAAGAAAACAAAAAUCCAGUCACUUGUUUUUAAAGCUACGGGAAAAGCUUCACUUCACUUAGUUGAUUAUUAUGGGAACAUAAUAGACAGGGAGUAUGAGAGAGAUGAUCAUAUUCACCUGGACAAAAUAAAAUAUUACCGAAUCACACAAGAUAUCCUGAAAGAAGGAGAACAAGAUGACUGGAACGUCAUUGAAAAAGGAAGGCAUGUCUUUCCUUUCAGCUUCAAGGUGCCAAACAGCCGAAAAAUACCUUCAUCGUUCUGCUCUGUCUUUGGUCAAAUUGUUCAUACGUUGAAGGCAGAGCUCAAGCAAUCAAUGAAGCUGACAAAAAAAGCUGAAACUCACUUCACAUUUGUGUGCAAAGCAUCCGAAUCGGGCCUAAUGGCCCGUCAACAUGGAAGCAUGAACAAAAACAUUGCUCUUGGCUCUGGAAAGGUUUCAAUGACUGUCCACACGAGGCAGAGAGGAUACAAACAAGGUGAGGCCCUCCGGGUCCGGCUUGAAAUUGAGAAUCUCUCAAGUCGUUCAGUCAAACCUAAGUUUGUACUUGAUGUGAAGAAGAGCUACUUUGGCAUAAACCGAAGUAAAAUUCAGAAACAUGAGAUACUGAAAGAAAAGGCAGAUGCAGUUGAAUCAUUCUCUGGCAACAAAACGGUAAUAAAGGAGCUCACCAUCCCUCGAGAGCUUUCCCCGUCCAUUUUGAACUGUUCCAUCAUCAAGUUAGAGUACAGAUUAAAGGUAUAUCUAGAAAUCACAUGUGAGGCAGACUUGGUGGUCAAACUCCCUAUUGUCGUCAUACCUGACCUAUCUGAGGAUGAUCCUUCUGGACGUCCAAAUCAGCCAGCCUGGAUGUCACAACCAAUGGGUCCUCCACCUCCCUAUGAAGAAUAUGCAAUGCACCCUUCUUUUCCUUUUGGAGUUUAAAGAACUUAAUUUUUAAGACGUCCUUUAAAUGGGAAUACUAUGGUUUUUGUAUGACACACCAGCAGCAGUUUUUUCCAAUUUCGUCAGAGCCUGUGUUGUCUACAGCACAAUUUGACAAAUUUGCUGCACGAUUGAGCCAAAGAAAACUUGACUGAGAUUCUUUCUUUUAGAGAACACAACAGCUACUGCUGGUGACUUUAGUAUGAAUUCAAACUAGGUUUUUCUUUUCAAGAAAUGUCCAAAGUAUGUAAUGUAAUGUUGAUAAAAGGCUUUAUGACGGGCAAGAAAUGCAUGCAGCCAGGAAGACCACCUCCUCUUCCCACUGAAUGCUGAAAAUAGGCAAUUAGAAGCCAUCGCAGCCGUUGAUGCACAGCUUGAAAUGUAUCUAACAUCCAGCUGGAUCACAGAGUAAGAAAUGCUGUAAAGACAGGGAAAAUAAAACCCAUCCUUGUUUUUCUUGGGGGUACUGCAGCUUUAAAUAAUCCAUUUUUCUAUCCAAUGUAAUAUAACAUAUAUUUUACAAAUGCAGUGCUAGGAUAGUUGCAAUAACUGAAAGAUGCCAGUUUUAGCUGAUUGUAGUCUCUCAGCUUCAUUCUACAACUCAACAGAAAAUUUCAUCCUGAUGAUAUUAUAAAUUAAAUCUUUCUAUAGGAGUCUCCCUCACUAUCUUGAUUGCACUAAACCAAUAGACAGGUUCAUUUCACCAGCCUUCAGUAAACCUUUUGGUUGGUCAUGGUUAACUUUGUAUACAUUUUUACCUUUUUAACAACUGCUAGGGUUGAGAUCUUAAAAUGCAAUGAGAAUGACUUAAUUUGGUUAAGAUGCAUCGGAUUUAAGUCAUAAUGCCGCCUAUACUAAUUAACCAACAUGUUUAUAUUGGCUGUUUUUGUCUGAAUCUGGUGCAAAAUGGAUCAAAUCUUCUUAAAGUAGGCCAGAAAACACUUGAUGAGAUGGGAAUAGUGGGGGGCCUCUUUCUUUUGACUUCUCAUUUUUAAGAUUGUACAUCAUUUUAGCAGCUCUUGGAAGUUUCCUCUUUAGACUAAUAUUUAAUUCAAGUAACCUUUUACCUCAAUUAAAACAUACUAUGCUCAUAUUUGUUUUCAUUUUAAUUUUAUUUGAUCCCUUUUGAUCCCUAGUUUUAUUAAUUUUACCUGUUAUAAUUAACUCUGUUUAGGCUGAAUAAUGUAUUUUUUUGUUCAACUGCACUUUAGUCCAAUUUGUGUUGUUUCAAAUGUAUUUUUAAAAGUAGUAAUUUUUCAAUCUUUAAACUUUUUUUUUUUUUUUACCACCUUUUCGUUUACAAUAAC